CCCGGCCACGGCGGGAACUACGCGUCCCGACGUGCGCCGCUGCGGGCGGGGAGCGGCUCGGGGGCGGGAGAGCCCUAAGGCGGAGGAGGGCGCGGCUGUCGGUGCGCGGCUCCUGCGGUCUCUGUGUGGUGGUACCCGGAGGGAUCAACAGGCUCAAGAUGUCGAGGAACCAGUUCUCUGACACUGGCAGCAGAAAAGAGCAUGUUAAAAUCACAAGUGAGUCCAAACCAGGGUUCCUGGAGAGGCUCAGCGAGACUUCUGGUGGCAUGUUGAUGGGACUUGUGACAUUUCUUUUGGCUUUCUACCUUCUUUUUACCAAUGAAGGACGAGCAUUAAGGACAGCCAAAUCUCUUGAUGAGGGACUUUCUCUUGUGGUCCCUCUUGAUACCAUCCACAGUAUCUCACAGCAGAAUGAAGGGAGACUGGUGCACUUGUCUGGUGCUCUGAGUACAUCUAAGCCCUUGUUUGACCCCAGCUAUGGGCUCUCCAUCCAGGCUGUCAAACUUAAGCGUAACGUGGAAAUGUACCAGUGGGUAGAAUAUGAAGAUUCCAAGGAAUAUGAAGAGAAUGGUGAGAUUAAGAAAGAGACAAAGUAUUCAUACAAUACAGAGUGGAAAUCGGAAGUUGUGAACAGCAGAAACUUUGAUAAAGAAAUCGGACACAAAAACCCAAGUGCCAUGGCUGUGGAGUCUUUCACUGCUGUUUCUCCUAACGUCCAGGUUGGCAGCUUUGUCCUUUCUAAGGGUCUCGUGGAUAAAAUUGACAACUUCAAGCGGUUGAGCUUGGCAAACCUUGAGGAUCCACAUGCUGAUGUUACCCGAGGAGGAGAUUACUUUUAUCACAGUGAUAACCCCAGGCGUCCAGAAGUGGGAGACCUUCGUGUCUCGUUCUUCUAUGCAGGUCUAAGUGGAGAUGAUCCCCAUUUGGGCUAUGCUGAUAAGGUGACUGUGAUUGCUCGCCAGCGAGGUGAUCAGCUGGUUCCAUAUCACACCAAGUCUGGAGAUGUCCUGGAGAUCCUGUACCCUGGGGAUCUCUCUGUGGAGGAGGUAUUUCAGAAGGAGCAUCAGAGUAACACCGCGAAGACCUGGGCCCUCCGUGCAGCAGGCUGGCUCUCAAUGUUUGUAGGCAUCAGCCUAAUGACCCGAAUCUUUUACACAUUAGUGGACUGGUUUCCUGUUGUGAGGGAUCUGGUUAACAUUGGAUUGAAAGCAUUUGCCUUCUGCGUAGCCACUUCGUUGUCACUCCUGACCAUCUCCGUGGGGUGGCUCUUCUACCGCCCCCUCUGGGCUCUGCUCAUCGGGCUGCUCGCCGUGGUUCCCAUCCUGGUGGCAAGAUCUCGUGUUCCACCCAAGAAGCAGCAGUGAGAAGGAGGUGGUCGGAUCUUGAGCUGAAUCCUGGUUAGAAAACUUCUCAAGUGCAUUUCUGUCCUGGUUCUUGCACUGUGCUUCCAGCAAAUCACAGCUCAGCAGAGAGCACCAAGAGCUGGGGAGGGGACUUGAAUGGGGCUGUUGAUACACGUUAUCCAUGGGACUAUAGGAUGCUGUUUGUAGGAAGUCAGUGACAUCAGCUUUGGGGGAAAAAAGCAGUUUGGAGUGUCUGUGUUGAUGAUAAGUUAGUGAACAAGCAGCUUUGUGCCUCUUACUGCUUAGUAAUUCCCCCAAUUUGAGAACUGGCAAGUUCUCACUGACAGGUGUGGGUGUGUUUUGGAGAAGGUGCCAGCUGGAUCCUAUGGACCAUGGUUAGAUAUCCUUAGGAAAUAUGUGUGUGUACCUGUCCCUGACAAACCCUCCCUCUGCUGCCUUUUCUACUAGCACAGUCAGGUACACUCCUUUGGCUGAUGCAUUUGGCAGUGUGUGUGUUUAAAGGGAAAAU